CUAGAACGUAAGAGAUAUGAUUGAUGAUGAAGCCUUGGGAGUCAUUGCCAAUUUUCUCGGCAUCUUGAUUUUUGCUUUGGUUAUAGCUUAUCACUUUGUCACAGCAGACCCCAAAUAUGAAGCCAGCUAAGAUAUAUACUUUGAAUUUUAUCUCUGAUAUGUAUUCAGUUUUGCUGAUUGAAAGGUUCUAUGUAUGACUUUUUGAUGAAACUAGAAUUUGAUUGAGGCUUAUUAUACCGGCUGAAUCUU